AUGACGGAUCACCGGCAUUUGCUUUUGGCUCGACUGCUAGGUUUUCUGUUAAUGGACUGCUCACCAGAAAGGCUUCGGAGCCUUGUUUCUAAAGAAGAGGUCGAAUUUGAUGCGGAUAUCGCUGGACCAGGAGUACAAGCUGCUUUCCUGAUCACAUCGUUGAUAGCAUUGGCUACUCUAAUUCUCGCCUUCCUUACACUCUCAGUACCUCCGCGACUUCUGAAUUCGGGCGAUGCUGUAAUGGUUGCUGGGGCUCGUCGGAUUUACCGCCGACUAAGGACCAGGUUCCCCAAAACCAGACGCACAAAGGUCGUCCAAAGCAGAAGGGAGCGUACGCAUACCUUCAUGGCCUUCAUGGCUGCUAUAAGUAACCAGGUUCUCGUUUCCCAGACAUCCAUCCUUAUCGCGUCCUUCAUCAUCCAGGACAGCAUCACCAUUUAUUCCACCAAAAUUGUUAUAGCCCUAGGUUAUCUCGCAGUAACAGUACACCUUAGGAGUUUCCCAUUCUAUAUAAAACGCUUCAAGGGCCGUGGCACUGCCAAGCUAAUACGUGUUCUUGCUAUGGUCACAGGCUCAGGAAUGCUCAUCUUCCUUCUCACUAUCCGACUAUCAUACACCUGGGACAUGUCGAGUCACGUCUACUUAACCUACACCCUUCAGGACUAUCGAAUGAAUGAGAAGAUGGAAGAUGUGGAUUAUAUUAGCCUUAUGAUGCAGAUGUUUGCUCCACUUGCUGUACUUUAUGGCACGUACGAUAUCAUCCAGCUUCUGUAUCGAGAGCAGCCAGUAGAUGGCAAGGCCAAUGGGCCUACCGCCGAACGGAAUCCAGUAGAUUUCGAUUCUCAACAGCACUCAGUCAUUGGGGAAGUUGAAAUUCAAACACUUGGAAGAUUAGAAGACCAAACCGCGACUGACAAUCACCGAGAUCUUGGUGAUAUCGAAAUCGAGUCUCGGGCAAUCCGUUCCAUUCUGCAACUGAUCUCAGUUAGAGGAAUACAAGCUAGGACGGAUAGCGAGAACGACUAUCAACAAAGAAGAUCCAGACUCUUCAAGCCCAGGGGUGCGAAAAUCAAAUUUAAAGAGCUGAUAAGAGAAAUCAGAGAAUCCAAACGAGAGCCUCUCUUGAACAAAUGGCUUAGGUUCAAAGCUUUGUCGAUCUUAACCUCGGAUAUUACAUCAACAAGAAAGGUUAGGCUUCUCGUCACAUUGGCCGCUGAAACAUGGACAUUCCAUCAGUGUCGAGGGUCCUUCGUCUGGAGGCUAUUCUGGCUCUGGUCAGGAAAUGUCUAUGGGAUUGUGACCAUUUUCGUUUCGCGCGCUGUGACGACAGGCAUGUCAGGUAAUCCCAACAACAUGGGAUUUGGCCAAAUUGUGCCGUUAGCACUGCUUGCACUUCCAAUAUUGGUAGCUAUGGAGAGCCACGCUGACUAUAAGCAGAAGCUCAAUCUAAUCGAGAAAGCUCAUGUUGAUGAAGCGAAUCUCGAAUCGUCUCUUGGCAUCAACACCCGUUCCCAGUCGAUAGGACAACCCCCUGAGCACAGACGAGACAUGCCCAUGCAGACAGAUUUUACAAGUCCUCGGACUACCAAGGAAAUGCUUAAAAAGCGCUCCCAAGAUAUCGGAUACCCAGAACUUUAUAAUUGGUUAAUAGGAUGUGAUUUGACCAGCUCACCCAGUCUCCAAAAGGGUGUUGUCGCUCAUGCCGCAACCAUAUUUACAGUGGCAACUUUGCUCGGUCUUUUUAUGGCUUACCCACUGUGGGGAAUCGAGUUUGCAAUGGUUUCGAUCAUUUUUCUCUUUGCGGCUCGCAGACUCAUAGGGCUUGUCUUGGUUGUGUUCGACAUGAGAUCAUGUCCCGUCAUCGUUGAUCAUCUUGGUUGCAAGCACCUUAUAUAUAACCCAGAAUAUGAAAACCAUGGUGAAAGAGUGGCAAUGAGUUGA